UUAAGACCUCCCCCUUCCUCUCGGCGGCACUAAUCACCCCCCAUACCGAAACGCGCAUCAUAGCUGCUGAUGUGGAAUUUCCCCCUUUUUUAUGCCGUUUAAAAGCCCCGCACUGAAUCCCCCGCACCGAGGCAGCGUUAAUAUAAACGAUGUAGCGUCCUGUGCAGGCGAAAGGACAAAAAGAGAGGGCAGGAGUUGCAUGUGUUGUCAAUGGGAAACCUGGUGGGCAGCUGGCGUUUCAAGGAGCCGAGCACCGUUGAGGAAUGCGACUCGACGUGGGGAUCGGACUCGGAGAGCGAUGAGCCGACGGCUGAAGACGACAGCGGCAUUUCCGACUCCGUCAGCCCGGCGGAGAGCGAGCGAGCCGCGGGACACGGCGGGGACGCUGCCCUGCAGCUGACUGACUCCCCAGAGUCUGCUCCGAAGAUGAAGAGGAGUUUUUACGCCGCCAGGGAUCUCUACAAAUACCGUCACAGCUACCCGAACUUUAGAAAGUCCCGGCAGCCCAACGAAUAUCGAAAUCUGCGCUUCUACAUGAACAAGAUCCCCCUGGUGCCCGAUGGUAUUUACAUCGAGGAGAUACUUUCAAAGUGGAGAGGCGACUACGACAAACUGGAGCACAAUCACACCUACAUUCAGUGGCUGUUCCCAUUAAGAGAACAAGGGCUCAACUUCUACGCACAUGAACUGACUCAGGAGGAGAUCAAAGAAUUCCAAAGCACUCGGGAAGCAAAGCGGCGGUUCCUGGCGGCCUAUUCCAUGAUGCUGGAUUUUUAUGGCGUCAAACUGCUAGAUAAAAGCGGCAACGUCGCUCGGGCCCCCAACUGGCAGGAACGCUUCCAGCACCUUAAUGAAUCCCACCACAACUACCUGAGGAUCACCCGCAUCCUGAAGUCCCUCGGUGAGCUCGGCUACGAGGCGUUCAAGGCCCCGCUGGUUCGCCUCUUCCUGGAGGAGUCGCUGUGCAGCGGCACGCUUCCCAACAUGCAGCACAGUGUGCUGGAGUACUUCGUCUACACAAUCCGCCUGCCGGCCACGCGGCGUCGCCUGCUUCGGUUCGCUCGCAAGCACUACAGGCCCGCCCACGCCUUCCUCUGGGGGCCACCGUCUAAGAAGGGAGCCUGCGGCGGCGGCGGUGGCGUUGGCGUUGGCGGCGGGAGCAGCGGGAUCAGAGCUCCUGCUCCCACACCGGAGCACCACAGGAGGGGGGAGGAGAACACAGCAAGUAGCCGGAUCAAUGUGUCUUCCCAUGAUGCCAUAAUGUGCCAGGACCUGGUAGGUGGAGGGAUUAAGGGCUUCCCGGACCUCGGUUCUUAUGAGCCCGGGUUGCCGGGGCAGCUGAUGCUUGUUAGCGGGAGAAGAGAGAGGAGUGAGUUCAGCUAGGCUUCUUCCUUCUGAGAGGAAACUGCAAAAACUCAAAAAGUUACCUGGUUUCUACUGAAAAUAUCAGGGGUGCAACAAUUGCUGUUUUCUAGCUGAUCGCCGAUUACAGAUCUUUUAAAAAACCUACUUUGCCGAUUCUGAUUUUGGCUGAUAAUUCAUUUUGUCUGAAAUGUUGCUAAAUAUAGCAAGAGGGAAAGUCACAGAGUUGGUAACAGUGGGGUGACUGUUGUAAACAUGCAGACUUGACCUGGUGGGCCUGUCUGUCUGUCAAAGACAUUUAGACCUUUGCCAAGGUAGAUGAGAUCGGUGUGUAAGAUCGGCUUCUGCGUGAAAAUCAGCCGAUCAGCGAUCUCCCAAAAUUAAGGAGAUCAAAACCAAUAAAUUGGCUGGCCAAUAAAUCGGUGCACUCCUAGAAAAUAUCUUAGUAAACGUGAAAUAAGACAAAACUCAACUUUUCAGCAGAAUACAUGAGCUUGUUUUAAGUAAAUGGUAUUGAUUUAAAGGAAAGUAUUUGUUCUACUGGCAGAUCUUUCACUAAUAAAAUAGGAAAAUGUUUUGUUAUAAAUUAAAUAAUCUCCCAGUAAAAAAAUAAUUAAUAUUGACGCAUUGUUGACUUAAAUCAAGCUCCUACAUCUUGCUGAAAAGCUGCUUUUAAGUUUGUCUUAUUUCAAGUGUACUAAGAUAUUUGCAUUAGAAACUAGACCAAAAAUUCUUGGUCAUUUUUUGUGUUUUUGCAACGUAUAAGAUACUCAAACCCAGGAAGACAUUGGUGAAACAUUUAAACUAGUAAACAUGGGAUUAGAAUCAAUUCAGGUUAUGGGCUUAGAAAUUAAUUGCAAAGCAAGUUACACAUAUUUAGGAUUAUAAUGUCUUUUUUUUAAAUUUAGCUUCUGAUUACUUUUCAAAAUCAUUCAAACCAGACAAUAUAUUACUUCUGUUUAAAGGACGGUACUUUUAGUAAAAGAAACAACGGGGGAGAUGUUUGCCUUGCAUACUGAUUCACUCUGACGCUAACAUGGGAAGGCAAACAUUGUUAAAUAGACAAAUGGACACAGAGGUUUUUUUGUGCUUCUACAUCUUGGGAAAAGACGAGCAAUACUUUGAAAACGUUUUUUAGAUCGACCUAAGAGCCUCAUUUCUGUUGAUAUCAGAUAAAACUGUAUCUACUCUGUGAUUUUUACUGUUUCAGCUGAAAAGGAAAGAGAAAAACGAACCUUUGGGUUGCGAUGCAAAAGAAAAAAUUAAAUAAUUGAAAGGCUUUUAGUGGCAUACAGACUGUAGUUACACUUCUGAAAUGUGAUCCAGUCUAAAUUAAAUCUAACCUCAAGCGUAUAAACAUAUUUAAUAAAAGCAUUUCAGACAUAAAACAGUUUAUAAAUAAUUUGCCUCUCUGUGCUUUAUUAUCCUCCCUGGUACAGAUAUGUAAAAACCCCUUGUAUAAAUUAAUUUCUUUUUUAUUGCAGCAGCAUAAUAUCACACUUAAAUAUAUAGAAGAUUCUAACGUAUAUGAGUGCCUUCAAAAAAAAAAAAAAAGAAAUCAAACAAUUCCAGUUAAAGUCCCUCAGUAGCAAAUAGCAAAAGUUCACAUUUGUGAUGGUAGGAGAGAAAAAUUCUCUAAUGGUUGUCAUGGCAACAUGACGGCAAUAUUUUUAAGGAUAAACCCAGGAACUCAGAUCUUCUUUAUCACAGUUUCGGUUGUGGCCUCUGCCUGCAGAGACGGACAAAUCGAUAUUUUCUGCUUUACUUUGAUGGCAUGUUUUCUCAUCUUUCCCAUUUUGAAGAGCGGCUGAGAGAAAUGGCCCUGUGUGUUCAUUAUAUUCACACCGGGCGGAAACAGGAGGUCAUUGAUUCCUAACUGAAAAGUAAUUGGCAAGAGUAAAACAAUAAAUGAAAAUAAACUCAAUAAUAAAUCAUAGUAAAGAAAAAAGGUUCAGUUCCAUCCAAUUGUUGUGGAUACAUGUGAAGUUUUUCUACAUAAUUAGAUUUUUUGGUGAACAUAUAUUUUAAUACUUUUCAAACAAAAGAUAAAAACAUGCUACUAAAGUAAUGCAGAAUUAUUAUUAUUUUUUUGCAAAUGAAUUCCUAUUCUAUUACUUUUUAAAAUGAAAAACAGAAUUAAACGUGCUACUAAGAAGAUUUGAUGAGGCGCCAAGUUGAAUUUUUGUGCUCCUGGAAUAAAAAUGAGAUAAUAAAUUUUUUUUUACACAUCUCCAUCAAUUGUGAGGUUUAGUGUAGGAGGAUUUAUUCGUUCAUUUGUGACUGAAAACAGAUUCUUUAUCAGCACCACAGGAUGUAUUGUCGUCUAUAAGCCUUUUGUUCUUAAAUCAAAAACAAAAAUACAGUAAAAAUGGAUUUUGACUGAAGUUAUUGUGACUGAAACGUGUAUGUUUGAUGUUUUUGACAAUCUGUCUUCCUGAGUCAAUACACUGUAGGUUUCUCUGAUCUGCUGCACAUCAUAAACACAACACCUGGUCAACUUGUGCCAUAAUUUACCUUCAUGUGAAAACGUGAACUCCAACCUCAUGCGUAGGUUUUUGACCAUGUUUUUAAGCCUGUGAAUUUGACUUUAAAACACUCUUUAGGGCUAAGUUUGAUGCUCUUUUUGCUCAAAUAAAUAAAAAUUUUAAUUUAAAAUAAUAAUUUUGCACAAAUAUUGUAAUAAUUUAAGGACGUAGUGUGUAGUGUCAUAGAGGGAAAUGUUGAAGUUGUUUAUAUUGGAGGCAGGUUUAGUGUAAUUAAUUAAAUAUUCUCUGCUUGCAAUAGAUAGAAAUCUGUGAAAUUAAAAGCCAUGCAAGGGUUAAGCAGUUCUUCCUGACUUAAUCAGAUUUUCUUCCUGCUGACAAGGUUUCAACAUCACUCUUCAGCCAAGUGCAUCUGAUAUAAUUGUAAAAGCACCUUUUCAGGUAGAUUGUAUGAUAACAUGGAUUCCAGUAUGUUGACUUUUUGUGAAAUUGAUAUGUAAACAUACAGUAUUGUGUGUUUGUGUGUGUGCAGGUAUCUCUAAUAUUCUUAAGUGCCUCUUUUGUAUGUUUUAUUUAUACCUGUAUGCUGAGCGUAGUGUCUACACCGACUUCUUGUACAUUGUGAUUUUUGUACAGCAUUUUGAUAUUUGAGUUGCUGUUUGCUUUGUAAUCAUAUAUUCUAUGGGUAAUAAUGUACAGCUGGAAUAAACCUAUUAGGAAGAAUCACUAUAGAGGACAAGUUAUUCCAAAUAUUUGUAUCUGGCUUCUGCAAUAAAACGUGUUUGUUCUACUGAA